CCAUUAGAAUCUAUGACUCAAGUUUACGGUAGACGCUAUAACGCCAUAACAGCCAUUACGUCAAACCACGCAUGAUUUAUUAUUAUAAAUUAAAGUUAUCAAGCUGAUAGGUGACCGUAGCUUUCUAGAUGAGUGAAAUUUAAAAGAAAUCCACGUCAGCAUGCCACGAUGGCACCAUGGAUUUGAGCGUUACGUUUGGCUCCCAAAUUUAAUUUCUUCUCUUCUUCUUUAUUUGGAGGCUAUAAAUAUAUAAUCGCCUCUCCAACGGGCGGAGGCGGCAAAUCCUCCCAUUCCUCUCUUUUCUCUCUCUUUCUCAUUUCGAAUUAGGGUUUUCUGUGGUUUCCCCUUGUAAUCAUUUGCUAUCUCUUCGACCAGAGAAACCCUCCGAUCCCCGCCAUUGGAGGACCUUCGCCCUCCUCCCGUCUGCUCUUCUUAGUCUCGUCCCUGCCGCUCGUCACUCUCUCUUCCACGGGGGAAAAAAACAAAAAGAAGUAAACUUUGGCCCGUGCUGUCUCUCAGAUUGAAGUGUGGCGGCUGUCUACUGGAUCCUGUAGAAGAUGGGAGCAUUUAUAUCGAGAUUCUGGUUGAUGUUGUUCCCUGCAAAGGAAUACAAGAUUGUGGUUGUGGGAUUGGAUAAUGCUGGAAAAACCACGACGCUCUAUAAGCUACACCUUGGGGAGGCUGUAACCACGACUCCUACGGUUGGGAGCAAUGUUGAAGAAGUGGUCUACAAGAACGUACGGUUUGAGGUUUGGGAUCUGGGCGGACAAGAAAUGUUGAGAGCCUCAUGGGCAACAUACUAUCGAGGUACUCAUGCUGUCAUUGUGGUGAUAGACAGCACCGAUCGAGCCCGGAUCACCAUUAUGAAAGAUGAGCUCUUCAGGUUACUUCAGCAUGGGGACCUUGAGCAUUCUGUAGUGCUAGUCUUUGCAAACAAGCAGGACCUUAAGGAUGCCAUGUCCCCAGCUGAGAUAACCGAUGCCCUCGCCCUCCAUAGCAUCAAGAACCAUGACUGGCACAUCCAGGCCUGCUGUGCUCUCAAAGGUGAAGGGCUAUAUGAUGGCCUGGGAUGGAUAGCUCAGCGAGUCGGUGGCAGCCCUGCAACAAAUUAAAGUUGGGGAGGUUCUUCUCAUGUAUCAUCCCACAGGGGACUAGGUUGUAAGUUUAUGAGGAGAGUGUUCUUUCUGCACAAUCACAUAUGUCAGCAUUUUUUCUUCCUUUCUCAUUUCAACUCUACAAAUCAAAUUAUGGUGUAUAAAAUAUGUACGUGAUUAGCUUCAGAAGAAUUUGCACUGUUGCGUGAAAAACAAAUUCUCUUU